AUACACUUCACCUUCUCAUCUUACGCGCAGAUUGCGCAGCAAUUGCUACCACUAUUUGCCGUAUGCGACCCCGUGAACCAACAGCUUUAGUAGUCGCUGGGCGAGUAAUCAUGGGCUUCGGCAGCACUGUUAUUGAGACAUGUACAUCUAAGAUCCUGGCUCAUUGGUUCCAGCACAAGGGACUUGGUUUGGUGUACGGCUUGGAUUUGUCAAUUGGGAAACUCAUUGUUCUUACUGCGAAAGCCACUGCGGUUCCGAUGCGAGACGCCACUUCGUUCUGGGGCUGGGCGCUCUGGAUCCCCGCCAUUGCCGGUGUGGUGGGAGGAUUUAGCGGUCUUAACGCCGACAUAAUCAAAGAGACUCGAGGUUCCACGGCUCAGCUUGCCGGGUACACUUCCGCAGUGCAACAGGUUAUUCCUGUCAUUUGCGCACCAUUGAUCGGGUCUUACUUUGACUUCUUCGGCCAUCGGAUGGUGUUUGUUACUCGAACUGGGACUCGUAUUCGGAAUCUGGAAGUUUUCAACAAUGCUGGAAGCGUCAUUGUCGACAUGAUUGCCGGAAGGCUGCAGGACAUCACCCCUGGAGGCACGUAUGAGCGUGUCAUUGCCUUCUUUGUGGCUGUCAAGCGGCUGGAGUUCUGCCUUGGUCUCUUCUACGGAAUCUUGGACCGAAAGUAUCUCUCGGGAAUUCUUAGCAUCAACAACAAGAAGCGCAUGAAGCUUGAGAAAGAGGGUAAGCUUGAGGAUUGCGUUGGACGUAAGCCCUCAAAGGGGUAUACCACAGCAGGUAUUGGCUUGGUGUGCUCGCUGAUCAUCAUUGCCUGGGUGUUGUUCAUCAAGUACUCCAUUUGAUAAUGUUCAUCGAUAAAAUGUCGAAAAUGACAGUAUUUAGCUUUGCAUACUGGGCAAGCUGCGGCAUCGCAGUCAGGG